AUGUCGGACUCCGAAGAUCCCCUCGACAUCGUCGAUGAAGGCGGCGACGACCUCUUCGGAGACGAGGGCGACGAUGAUGCGUCUCUUCAAGGGCGUGUUGAAGCCGAGGAGGAUGACCUUGCUUCUGAAGCCGAUGAGGAAGAUGACUCGAGGCGCCGUGGAUAUGGUGAUUAUGAGACCCAAGAAACACGGGACAAAGUUGUCAUAGAGCAAGCGACGUUUCGUCACCGCAUCCCGAAGUCCAAGGACGGCAUGCUGCGGAUAUUGCGAGUACCAAAUUUCAUCAAGUUCAUGCCCGAAAUUUACGUCCCGGAUACGUUCGAACCUUCCGAGUUCGACCUUGCCAACGCCAAAUCCGAUCAAGCGAAACAUGUCGCACGGGCCCAGCAAGACGCCAACACUGGUGAACUCAAGAGCAAUACAAACAUCUACCGGUGGAGUGACGGGUCAGUAACCAUCGCUGUCGGGGGGGAGCAUUACGAAAUACAAAAAAAGGCACUCGCUGGUCCCCCGAAUCAAGCCUACAACGAGCUGCACGAUGGGCACUAUUAUGCAGCCGCGGCGGAGCUGAGCAGCAAUAUGCUCAUAACGGUCGGCCACCUUAUGGAGCAGUACAAUGUCAAGCCAAACAAGGCAGUCGGCGACGAUGCUCUGAGCCUUUUUGCGGAGCGCAUGGCCCAGGCCAACAAGGGAACCAAGGGAGAGGAGAUGAUCAUUCGAACCACACGAGACCCGGAACUGCAGAAAAAGCAGGCCGAGCUGGCCGAAAAGGAGAGGAUCAAGGCUCAGCGGCGGCGCGAGAACGCCGCGGCCAAGAUGGACGGCGGUCCGCUGGGACGUUCUGGUCGCGGUGGAUUAUCCAUCGGAGACCUUGAGGGUCGCGGCGUUGGUUCUGGACGGAAAAGGGGUGCGCCCGGCUCGGCCAAGCCCAAGCGGCGGCGGCCGGAGUAUGAUUCGGAUGAUGAUCUUCCUCAGGGCGUUGGCAGGCACGAGGACUACGACAUGGAUGAUGGCUUCCUCGUGGGAAGCGACGAGGAAGAGUUGGAGAGCGAUGCCGAUGAAGAUAAUGAUGACGAGGCCCUGGAUGAGGAGUACAGUCGUGGCCGUCGGUCAAAGAAGCAGAAGAACAAGGAAUCCGAAGAGGAUGAAGAUGCAGAGGGCGAUGACAUCGAGCCUGCUGUUGAGUCAAGCCGGCAGAGAAGAAGAAACGUCGUGGACGAUGACGAUGAUUAG